AUGAGCCGCUACGUGCUGCCGCUGUCCGUGGCCGGGACCCUGCUGGGGGCCGCCGUGCUGCUCCGGGACUCAGUUAGCGGCGGGAGCUGCCCCAGCAAGGCCACCAUCCAUGGGAAGACAGUCAUUGUCACGGGGGCCAACACCGGCAUCGGCAAGGAGACCGCCCGAGAGUUGGCCCGGAGGGGAGGCCGCAUCAUCCUGGCCUGUCGCGACUUGGACAAGUGUGAGGCGGCGGCCAAGGAGAUCCGGGGAGACACGCUUAACCAUCACGUGGAUGCCCGGCGCCUGGACCUGGCCUCUCUGACGUCCAUCCGGGCCUUUGCCAAGAAGAUUGUGGAGGAAGAGGAGCGUGUGGACGUUCUGAUCAACAAUGCCGCCGUGAUGAGGUGCCCCCACUGGACCACCGAGGAUGGCUUUGAGAUGCAGUUGGGGGUCAACCAUUUGGGUCACUUCCUUCUGACCAACCUGCUGCUAGAGAAGCUGAAGGCGUCGGGGGCCUCACGGGUCAUCAACGUCUCCUCGCUAGCUCACGUCGCGGGCCGCGUGGAUCUCGAGGACCUGAACUGGGAGCGGCGGCCCUACGAGGCCAAGGCCGCGUACUGCCAGAGCAAGCUGGCGGUGGUGCUCUUCACCAGGGAGCUCAGCCGGCGGCUGGAAGGGACGCUGGUCACUGCCAACUCCCUGCACCCUGGGGUAGCCAGCACCGAGCUGGGCAGACACACGGGCAUGCACAAAUCCAUCUUCUCCAGCACGGUCCUUGGCCCCUUCUUCUGGUUGCUGGUGAAGACGCCCAAGUUGGCAGCCCAGCCAAGCGUCUACCUGGCUGUGGCUCCGGAGCUCAGCGGGGUCUCGGGCAAGUAUUUUGACGCCUUCCGCCAGAAGGACCCAGCUCCCGAGGCGCAGGACGACGAGGCGGCUCAGAAGCUUUGGGCCCGCAGCGCUGGGCUCGUGGGCCUGGAGGAGGCCCAGGCCCAGGCCCCGGCCCCGAAGGCAGUACCGCCUGGGAAAGUCACCGACGCGCAGAGCUCGUGACCUCCCUCAGGCACCAUUGUCCCUGUCCCGUCGAUCGUCCCCCGCAGUCCCUCCUGCCUCUGGCGUUGUGCAGGGCCAGGCCCAGGGGGCUCAGGCCAGCCCCUUCCCCAGCAGGGAUCGGGCCGGUCGUGCUCUCCAAAGGCUGGGGAGCCAGGGGGCCCAGUCUGAGGGCCGGGGACCCCUCAGAAUCAUGGUCCCAAGUGCAGAAAAGGUCAGGUGCACAAAGGAGGCCUCCAACAGAACACAGCUGGCGUAUGCUUAGACAGGUUCCCAGAUCCUGGCUCCCCCGGGAGCCCCCUGUGGCGCGGACCCUCUGGGCAUGAGCGGUUUUUAAUUCCUCGUGGAAGGAAAUGCUUGAUUUCAGUUAUGAGUUAGUGAAAAUAAAGAUCCAGUUUCUUCCUCCAA